AUGACUGGUUAUUACUGUCCAAAAGACGCUGGCCGUACAGAACUGGCACUAACAAUAAGCCAUUGCGAGGAUACAAUGAAAAGACUUGACAAAGUGCUGCAGCAAGACUGCAGUGAAUUACUGCCGACAAAGUGUCUUGUUUUGAUUCAAGAUAAUACUGCUUCUCCGUUGAUCGUUACCCCAUCCAAACCACUACCAGGCACAUCUGAAAAACAAGCUUCCAAUUUUGACCAGUGGAAAAGAAUACGCUAUGCACUUCUCGAUUACGCAGAGCUUUUAUUUCAACACAUCAGGUCAUUGUAUACAUUAGAUACUGGAGAUGUCGUAUUACAGGUAGCAAAGGCCUUUGUUUUGUCUGCCCAUUGCCAACAAAUCUUUAAAGCCUUCGAGUCAUGCAUUUAUCUUGCUGCAUCUUGGUCUUGUUCUGGAAAGUAUUCUGCAGAACGACGUUUUCUAUAUAGCCUCAUCAAUAUCCUACAAGCUACUAAAAGAGUAUUGAUUGUUCAGCAACACCAAAUUUCGCAUUCUGGGCAGGCUUUAAAUUCAGAUCCAUCCAAUUUAUCAUCUUCAAACAAUUUAGUUGGAGGUCCAACAGCUGGUAUAAAUCCUGCUAUUUCGGUUAAACAGAUCGAAAAAUGGCGCAUCCAGACACUGCUGACCGCGCUAAAACGAGCUGGAAAGUCACCAUAUCGGCGUCAUUUUGGACAAAAGGGACAAAUGUCUUUUGAUUCAGCGUCAGGAUCAUCUAAACUAUCUCAAGAUCAUGCUACGUUUGUCAAGCGAGAGGCUAAUCGAGCAGGUCAAACAUUUAUUUGGGCUCUAAAUGCGUUUUUAGACGAGAUUACGAUUAUGGAUCAGCUCGUUUCUUCUUUGCCUGGACGCUCAACAGAUGAUGAUCAGAUUUUUUUUGAACAGUUGCUUCAAUCACUACAUCAAGGAAAGGCAUGGAUACGUUAUGAAUUGCCAUCAACAGAAAAACUUGACGAACCCAAUUAUGAGGAAGAUGGUUGUGAAACCCCAAUUAAACAAAAAAAUGACAAGGACAAGAACAAGGACAUGGUCAUGUCUAGCAUAGAUACACUAGCAGGUGAAACCUCUCCAGAUCAUUACAAGACCGACGAAAACUCCAAAGAUUUUCCAUCUUCAAUGGCAAGCUAUUUUACUAUCAAUUUUGCCAAAUAA